AUGCUAGUGUUGACACAGAUGCUGUCACAGGAAAUGUUCAGCCAAGGCAAGAAUCAGAUUCAGGACAACAUACAGCAUCAGUUCUAUGCGAGACUGAAACAAAUAACAGAUUCCAUCUUCAGCUGGAUCAGAAGGAGAGCUAAUCUCACAGAUGAAGACAUUAAUUCUAAACCUAGAGGUGCAAGUAAAAUAUACAUCUGCAGUCUCCAGCAAGCGGGUGAUGAGAGAGAGACUUGCACCGAGAGCUUUGGGAACUAUUUUUCAAAUAUCUAUGCAUCGGAAUUGUUACCUGCUAAAAAUGCUGAAGGCUUUGCAGAACAGUUCUUGCUCGAGGUGGCAGACAUUCUCCUGAGUUACUUUAAAAUAAUCUGUGAUGGAGAAAAUAAAGUUCAGAACUUUCACUGCCUCCAUCAGCUUCUGGAGGCCUUCAAAGGGUUCAACCUGGAGCUGUCUGACCUUGCUGAUUAUAGGGACACUCUAAAGUGUGGAGUUAAAACAGGACAUCCUCACUACUUCAGUCAACUUUCUAGUGGCCUUGACAUCAUUGGUCUAGCUGGGGAAUGGCUCACAGCCAUGGCGAAUGCUAACAUGUGCGUACUGGAACUUGAAGCAGGUGGCAUAUUUUCUCCAGGUGGGACCAUAUCAAACCUCUACAGUGUUCUGCUGGUUUGUUACAAGUCUUUCCCUGAAGUUAAAACUAAAGGCACGGUUGCGCUUCCACGUUUUGUGCUGUUUUUUUCUGAACACAGCUAUUAUUCAGUGAAGAAAGCAACAGUGGUUCUUGGAAUUGAGACAGAUAAUGUAAUUGCAGUGAAGUGUGAUAAAAGGGGGAAAAUGAUUCCAGCCGAUUUGGAGGCUGAAAUACUGAAAAUCAAAAGGCAGGGGUUUGUUUUCACUCUUUUUAUCAGUGCCUCUGCUGGUACCACCAUUUAUAGAGCCAUUGAUCCACCUUCUGACGUUGCUGACAUAAGUGGGAAGCACAAGCUGUAGAUGCAUGUGGAUGCUGCAUGGGGUGGUGGCCUGAUGAUAUCUUUGAAACAUUCUUUUGAACUCAAGGGCAUUGAAAGAUUCCGGAUCAGGACCAAAGGCAGACAAACAGAGUCCUCCUCCGAUGCGGGCUAUUGA